AUGGGCUUGGUUUGGGCUGGAUUAAGAAGAAACUUCUCUCCAUACCGUAUAUUCAAAUACCAUCUGGUUGAACUAGUUCUGCUAGGAAACCAAAACUUGAACAUCAUAAAAAAAAAUACCGCCUAUGUGCGAAAAAAUGGUUUCACUUUCAUCGAUGCACCACAUAGGGAGCGUAUUUGCGGCAUAUGAAGAACUAGCGUUCAAACUUCAAUGAAUCAAAGGUAUCCGUAUGAAUAGCCGUUUGACAUUGCUGACCGGUUGAUUUUACGAGAGAUACUCACCCAAAUUCUUGAUGAUGAAUUGCCUGAAAAUAUACUACUUGCUUCAUCCGAUUCUGAUUUCUCUUAUGCAUUAAGAAUGUUAUGA